CCAGCGGUAGAGGGUGCAAAACUUUCAGCAUUAGUUGUGGGGUGAAGGGGCUUUCGAAAAUGGGAUUCGACCUGGAGCGUUUCAGCGAGGAAGUGGAUCCCGACUUUAAAUGCAACUUGUGCAAUAAAGUGUUGGAAGAUCCUCUCACAACCCCUUGCGGACACGUCUUCUGCGCCGGCUGCCUCUUGCCUUGGAUCGUGCAGCGAGGCAACUGCCCGGUGAAAUGCCGGAGGGUCGCCACCAAGGAGCUGAACCACGUCCUGCCCCUGAAGAACCUCAUCCUGAAACUGGAAAUCCGCUGUGACAACUACGAGAGGGGCUGCGACAAAGUGGUGCGGCUGCAGCACUUGGCGGAGCACACGGAGAUGUGCGACUACUCGCCGGCCGAGUGCAGGAAUAAGGGCUGCGGCGAGUCGCUCAACCUGAAGGACGUGGACGCGCACAUGCGGGAGAGCUGCGAGCAGCGGCCGGUCGGCAUCUGCCAGCGCGGCUGCGGCCUGAUGCUGGUGCACGGCGAGCAGAGGCUGGGCACACACUGCUGCCUGAAGGCGCUCAAGGCGCACGGCCACGCGCUCCAGGGCAAGAUCGGGAGCCUGGAGCGCGAGCUGAAGAAGCAGAGCGCCAGGGCGGGCAAGCGGGAGAAGUCGCUGCUCUCGCAGCUGUCAGCCCUGCAGAGCGAGGUGCAGAUGACAGCUCUCAAGUACCAGAAGAAAUUCACCGAGUACAGCGCCAGGAUACGGUCCCUGACCAAAAGCCUCCCUGCUCAGUGCAAUGGCGGAGAGACCCUGACCAUCAUUAUGCAGCGAGACGCGGGUUCUCUGGGAUUUAAUAUUAUCGGCGGCAGACCUUGUGCGGAAAAUCAAGAGGGCACAGCGUGUGAGGGGAUUUUUGUGUCAAAAAUAGUGGAGAAUGGACCCACAGACAAAGAAGGUGGACUGCAGAUCCAUGACAGAAUUCUAGAGGUUAAUGGCAAGGACUUAUCCAGAGCCACUCAUGAGCAAGCCGUGGAAGCAUUUAGAACAGCCAAAGAACCCAUUGUAGUACAGGUGCUACGAAGAACUCCCCGCACAAAAGUUCUUAAUGCAUCACAUGAGUGUCAACUUGUAGAUAUGGGCACACAGACAGAUAUCACCUUUGAACACAUCAUGGCACUGGCUAAAAUAAGAUCACCUACUCCACCUGUUGUGGUACUGGAACAAUACCUCUUACCUGAAGAACAUCCAUCGGGACAGGACUAUUAUGAUUCAAAUGACUAUUUUGGAGGAUUGCAAACUGAAAUGGACAGAGAAGAAUUAGAAUAUGAGGAAGUAGAUUUGUACAGACUGCAAGGGCAGGACAAGCUUGGUCUCACAGUGUGCUACAGAACAGAUGAUGAAGAUGACAUGGGAAUAUAUGUCAGUGAGAUUGAUCCAAAUAGUAUUGCAGCAAAAGAUGGCCGCAUAAGGGAAGGGGACCGAAUAAUUCAGAUAAAUGGCAUUGAGAUCCAAAACAGAGAAGAAGCUGUAGCUUUGCUUACCAGUGAGGAAAGCAAGAACAUUUCACUGCUUUUGGCAAGGCCUGAGCUGCAGUUGGAUGAAGGCUGGAUAGAUGAUGAUCGGAAUGAAUUGCUGGAUGAUUUGCACAUGGACAUGUUAGAGGAGCAACACAAUCAAGCAAUGCAGUUCACAGCUAAAAUUCUUCAAGAGCAGAAAAAGCAUGAUGAUGAUGAGGGGACAACAGAUACUGCCACUAUUUUCUCUAACCAACACGAGAAAGAUAGUGGUGUUGGACGUACUGAUGAGAGCACCCGCAAUGAUGAGAGCUCUGAGCAAGAGAACCUUGGGGAUGAGCACAAUAACCCUGAUCCAUUGAGACUCAUGUACAACAAUGACACCCUUGGAAGCGGUGACACACAGUUUCGGCAGGAAUCAUUCAUUUCUGGGGACUACGCAGAUGCAGAUUUUCUUGGCAUUCCAUCUGAUGAGUGUGAAAGGUUCCGUGAUUUGCUCGAGCUAAAAUGUCAGAUGCAAAAUGACAAUCAGUAUGGUCUUUACUACCAUGACAAUGCUGUCGGCAUCAAGAAGAAUGACCAGGGAAUUGUUGAUCAAGAACUUGAAAUGUUGAAUGAAGAAUUGCACAACAUCGAGCUCGAGUGUCUUAACAUUGUACGAGCCCAUAAAAUGCAACAAUUGAAAGAACAAUACAGGGGGUCAUGGAUGCUACACAACAGUGGUUUUCACAACUACAACACCAGCAUUGAUAGCCGCAGACAUGAACUCUCUGAUAUAACAGAACUGCCAGAAAAGUCCGACAAGGACAGCUCUAGUGCAUACAAUACCGGUGAGAGUUGUCGAAGCACACCACUGACAUUGGAUUUGUCUCCCAACAACUCAUUGUGCAGGACAGUCAAAAAUCUGAACAGCCAAAGUAAUGAAGGGGUGACUAGCAACACUGUCCCAAGGCCACUGCUGUCCCAUUCAAUGAGCCUUGCAAAGUCGAACUCUGCAACUAAGGAACCUGACCAUUGCCAGCAAUCAGAUGGAAGAGACGAGAAACAAAUUUUGGAGUGCAGCAAAAGCCAGGCUUUCUCCCAGAGCUCAGCCUAUCCAAUCUCAUACCAUCGUUCUCCAUAUAGACAUGCGCAUAUCCCAGCACAUGCUCAACAUUACCAAAGUUACAUGCAAUUGAUACAGCAAAAGUCAGCAGUGGAAUAUGCACAGUCCCAAAUGAGUCUCGUCAGUAUGUGCAAAGAACCUUCCUAUCAUGAAUCAUCGAGUCAGAUUGAACCCAAAAUGGAGUGGAAGGUGAAAAUCAGAAGUGAUGGGACCAGAUACAUUACCAAGCGGCCAGUCAGAGAUAGGAUUCUUAAGGAACGUGCACUAAAAAUUAAAGAAGAACGUUGCGGUAUGACAACUGACGAUGAUGCAAUCAGUGAAAUGAAAAUGGGACGUUAUUGGAGUAAGGAAGAGCGGAAGCAGCAUUUGGUACGUGCAAAGGAGCAGAAAAGGCGGCGUGAAUUCAUGAUGCAGAGCAGAUUAGAAUGUUUAAAGGAACAGCAGAGUACUCAGGAGAAGAAAGAAGUGAACAUCAUUGAACUUAGCCACAAAAAAAUGAUGAAGAAAAGGAGUAAGAAAAUUUUUGAUAACUGGAUGACAAUCCAGGAACUUUUAACUCAUGGCACUAAAUCACCUGAUGGAACAAGGAUAUACAAUUCACUGUUGUCCGUAACAACUGUAUAAAUGUUUUUCCAUGAUGUACAUUAAAUACUACCAUUUGAGGUAGAAAAGAUCUUGCCUCGUUAAAAGUGGCAUAGCUUGUAAAUAUAUAAAAUACAUCACUCCUCCAAGUGUGACUGCAAGGGCCAUCAGUGAAUGACAACACUAGUUCACAAACACAGGUUGAUGCAAUUGUGCUUUUUUUUUAAGGGCAACAAUAAGGCAAACAACUUCCAGCCCAGUACCCGAUGUUGUUUUGCUUAUUAUCCAUAAAUUAAUAACUCUCAAAAUACACACGUGCCAAUAGAUUUUAAUCCCUGCCAAUAAUUUUGUAUGAAUUUAAGACGUCCACUGUUUUAGAUAUAAAAUCUUACAUGCCAAGAUCUGCGGUUCUAUUUAUAAAAAAAACUCAUUCUUUAUACUUUUUUCUUGUUCUCUGUGUAACUCGUUCAAGUUUUUCAGGAUCUUCCCAAUGAAAACCUGUUAGGAUUUCUUCCAUUUAAGUAGAUUUGCUGACUUGCAGCCUGCAGUAAAUUAGAAAUUUUUUUUUGCAUGUACAUAAAAUUAAUGUUUAUAGAAAAGAUUAUGUAAUUGUGAACACACUUUGUA